AUGAAGAUGGAGGACGCUGAGACCUACAAUUUUUUCUUCUACGGUACUCUUUGUCACCCCACCAUCCUCUCGCGCGUCCUGCGCAGACCGGUCGACGGGCUGCAAUUUGAAGAUGCCAUCUUACCGGGGUACACCAGGCACCAUGUCAAGAACGAGGACUACCCUGCUGUGAUCGACAAGCAGUCAGCUGAGAAGCUCUUAUCUGCCACCUCUGAGGCUCGAGAUGUCGACUUCAGCACGCGCGGUACACUUGUCAAAGGGCUGGAUUUGCGCGAUGUCAUGGCUCUUGACACUUUCGAGGGAAAUCAAUACGCUCGGCGCCAGCUGCCCAUACGGAUCAUGGGGUCCGGUCCGGCCAUAUCGCAGGCAGACCGUGCCGACUCUUCAGGCGUAUCGAAGCCCUCCUCGGCACUCAGCGCCGUCGGACAGGCUGUUGCGGCAGUCAAGACCGCUCUGAGCCCAGAUGGGCCUGGCGGGGGUCUGAAGGGGGACCAAGCGGACGACGCGGGGCAAGUGGCCUGGGUAUAUGUCUGGAGCGAUGAUAUCAAGCAUCUCGAGCCGAGUAUCUGGGACUUCGAGACCUUUGUCAGGGACAAGGCGGACGUCUGGACUGGUUCCUCGACGAAAGAGUACGACGAUGUCGAGCGGCAUCAUGCAGAGCAGAAGUCCCACGGAACCACCGGCGAGCAAGCCAGAAAUGGUACCGCGUCUGAGCUGGAAGGUCAGCGUAAAGAGGGAUAUCCUGAUUUCGGGCACAACAUGCUCAAGUACUGGGCCUUCAAGGACGGAUAUCUCAACUUCAACAACGGUUCCUACGGCUCCCCACCGCUGCCCGUCCUCCGUGCCAUCAGAUCCCUUUCGGACGAGUGCGAAGCCCGGCCUGACCACUUUAUCAAGCGAGCUUACCUGCCUCAUCUCCAUGAGGCCCGGCGGCGCGUUACGGAGCUCAUCGGCGCGUCCAUGGACGAGGUGGUGAUCGUUCCUGGAGCGACGCAUGGGAUGAAUAAUAUCCUGAGGGAGAUCGAUUGGGCAGAAGGGGAUAUCAUUCUGGCCUAUAAUACAACAUACGGAGCCGUGGCGCAGACUAUCAAGUACCUUGUCGACCGCAACCCUACCCUAUCACUCGAAGUGAUCAGCCUCGACUUUCCCGUAUCCCACGCGGAAAUCGUCAAGCGCACAGAGGAAGUACUUGCCAAGUACAACUCGCCUGCGAUUCCGAACUAUACUGGUCAGGCCAAGCCGACGGGUCUGGAUGUCAAGAAACGGAUCAGAGGGCUGGUGAUCGAUCAGAUUGCGAGUAUGCCGGGCAUGAUAUAUCCCAUGGACAGUCUCGUGGGGCUCUGCAAGAAGUAUGGCGUGUACUCGAUGGUCGACGCGGCGCACGCGAUAGGGCAGGUCAAGACGGACGUCAAGGCGUCUGAUCCGGAUUUCUGGGUUUCUAACUGUCACAAGUGGCUUUACGCACACCGAGCUUGUGCGGUCUUAUACAUCCCAAACCGGAACCAAGGUCUGAUACGGUCGAGCUUGCCGACGGGGUAUGGGUAUGAGUCGGAGAGUCAUCCAGCGCCGGGUGUGACGCGGAAACAGGAAUGGGCAAAGCAAUACGACUACGUCUCCACCCAAGAUUGGGGACCGUUCUUCUCCAUCAACUCGGCUCUUGAUUUCCGGAAGGAGAUCGGCGGGGAAGACAGGAUUAUAGCGUAUAACCACGCGCUGGCUGUAGCGGGUGGUAAACGACUAGCGGAGAGAUGGGGAGGUGAACGGGUGGUCAUGGAAACCCCGGAAGGCGAGCUGACUGCGGCUAUGCUGAACGUCUUCCUGCCUGACUUUCCCGUCCCUGAGAAGGCCGAAGAAGCGCUGGAAGCUAAGAAGUACAUCGAGGACAAGCUAUUCGAAGGGGACGCGUUCUGCGCAAUCUACGCGCACGCCGGCAAGGUCUGCGCCCGUUUCUCCUGUCAGGUCUGGAUCGAGCUGGAAGACUUUGACCGGAUAGCGGAUAUCCUGGACGAUGCUAUGGCGGGGAUCAGGCAAGGCAAGCACCGGAGUAGGGAGAUGGUUGGUUCCGAGAUGCUGCACCGGACGGAGGAUGUGCCCAUCAUGAAGGACGAGUAG